AUGUGGCAACCACACGUCUUCGCAGUUCUUCUCUUGUCCCGGUACUCUCUCUCUCUCUCUCUCUCUCUCUCUCUCUCUCUCUCAUGUAGCAACUGUGGAGCCUCUGGCCAUAGCUCUGCGCAAUGCCUAAAUCUUAGAAAUCAAUCUGGACAGUCUACUGGUGCGGCCUAUGGCAACAGGGUAUCUGCUGGAUCAGGUGCCGCUUCUGGUGAUUGCUAUAAAUGCCAUCAACCUGGACAUUGGGCAAGGGACUGUCCGGGUAUGGGUGCAGCAGCACAUUCAGAUCAGCCGAUGCAGCGCCCAUCCGCUGGAUCAGGUGCGGCUUCCGGAGAAUGCUAUAAAUGCCAUCAAACUGGACAUUGGGCAAGAGACUGUCCUGGCAUCAGUGCAGCACCUCCUUCUUAUGGAGGCAAUAAUGUAAUGCAAGGAAGAUAUGGUAAUGGUAUAGCUCAAAAUCAACAGUAUGGAGGAUACUGA